AUGUUUGCUAUUUCUCUUCGCUCAGUCUGCCAAAAUGGCCCCAGGGUUGCCCGCUGUUUCAGCUCCACUGCAGCUGCAAGCGCGGCCGAGGUUAAGUUGUUGGGUGUGAUCGGUGCCGGCCAGAUGGGCUUGGGAAUUGCACUUGUCGCGGCACAAAAGGCUCAGGUCCCGGUGACUCUGGUUGACAGCUCUCAAGCUUCCUUGGAUAAGGGUCUCAAGUUUGCGGAUAAGCUUCUUGAGAAGGAUGUCUCCAAGCAACGUAUUACCCGAGAAGCCGCCGAUGCGGCCCGCGGACUUCUAAUUCCAACCCUGAAGAUGGACGAUCUAUCCUCGGUAGACUUUGUUAUCGAAGCGGUUCCCGAAAUUCCCGAUCUCAAACAGUCCAUCUUCGCUAAGCUCGCACAAAUUGCUCCUAAGCACGCUAUUUUGGCUACCAAUACUUCGUCAAUCUCUAUUACCAAGAUCGCAGCCGCCACCACCACUGAUCCGACAGAUCUGCAGGCUUCGUCGCGGGUGAUUGCAACUCAUUUCAUGAACCCGGUUCCGAUUCAGAAGGGAGUUGAGAUUAUCCGAGGCUUGCAGACCUCACAGGAGACGAUGGACACCGCCGUCGCUUUUGUGCAGCGCAUGGGCAAGGUGGCUUCGGUCUCCGCUGACUCUCCCGGUUUCCUCGCCAAUCGUAUCCUCAUGCCGUACAUCAAUGAGGCUGUCAUCUGCUUGGAGACCGGUGUAGGUGGUCGUGAGGAUAUUGAUAACAUUAUGAAGACUGGAACAAAUGUCCCAAUGGGUCCGCUGACACUGGCUGAUUUCAUUGGUUUGGAUACUUGUUUGGCGAUCAUGAACGUCCUCCACCAGGAGUCUGGAGACAGCAAGUACCGACCGGCAGGUCUUCUGCGUCGGAUGGUUGAUGCUGGUUGGUUGGGCAAGAAGUCUGGAAAGGGCUUCUACGAGUACUAA